UCCUGACCUUGCCUCCGUGAACGAGCUGCUCGCUCACACAAUGACAGAGAUAAGAUAUUAAUUUAAAUAAAGACAAAAUACAACAUGUGAAUUGAAAUCAGAUUUUUUCCAAUAGAUUUAAAAACAAUAGAAAUGUAUAAACGUGAUCAUUAUUGCAGUGCCAUGAAAACGAAAUGAUAUGGAGAAGAGAAAGACAGGGAUGAAGAGCCUCCGUCAGAGCAGCUCUGGAUUCUGAACAGCAAUGAGAGUUGAAUGAAUAUCUGGCCUUUGUUCAUUUGUUUUCAGUAACCAUUGAAGCCCAGGGCAGAUUGAAGGAUGCCUGGUUGAGUGGAAUACAAUAGGGCAUAGCAGUUCAGAAGUCACUCGAGUGUACACUGGUGUUGUCCAGGAGCACUCCCCCGCCCAGACCAUGUGGUUGGAAGAGUUAAGGCACAAUCUGUUGCCUGCACACCUAUCAAAUCAGCGAGGAACCGCAACCCACCGUGUUCUUUUGCUGUGGAUGUUAUGUUCCUGCUGGCAGUUCACAGUGGGCACCAGCCAGAACUUCAACCCAACUGUGAACACCCAGUUUGGGAAGUUGAGGGGCCUUCGGGUUGCAGUGCCAGGUGAAGUCCUAAAGCCUGUUGAUCAGUACCUUGGGGUACCGUAUGCUGCCCCUCCCAUCGGGGAGAAGCGAUUCAUGCCCCCAGAGCAGCCCUCCUCCUGGUCAGGGAUCAAGAAUGCUACCCACUUUACGCCUGUAUGCCCUCAGAACAUUCGCAACACAGUGCCUGAGAUUAUGAUGCCCAUAUGGUUCACCUAUAACCUGGACACGGUGGCCAACUACAUUCAGGAUCAGAACGAAGACUGUUUGUAUUUAAACAUCUAUGUCCCAACGGAGGCUGGAGCCCAAAGCAAGAGUCAAGGAGCGGAUUUAUCUCAUGGUGACAGUGAAGACAUUCGCGACACUGAGGCCAGGCCUGUGAUGGUCUACAUCCAUGGAGGAUCCUACAUGGAGGGAACCGGGAACGUGAUUGACGGGAGUGUGCUGGCCAGCUAUGGGAAUGUCAUUGUCAUCACUCUCAACUACAGGGUGGGAGUACUAGGGUUCCUCAGUACAGGUGACCAGGCAGCUAAGGGAAACUAUGGACUCCUGGACCAGAUCCAAGCCUUGCGUUGGAUCAGCAAGAACAUUGGCUAUUUUGGAGGAGACCCGGGUCGAAUCACAGUCUUCGGAUCAGGGAUCGGUGCGUCCUGUGUCAGCCUGCUAACACUGUCCCACCACUCAGAGGGCCUGUUCCACAGAGCCAUCAUCCAGAGCGGCUCAGCCCUGUCCAGCUGGGCCGUCAACUACCAGCCUGUCAAGUACACCCGCAUGCUGGCUGAGAGGGUGGGCUGCAAUGUGCUGGACACCCUGGACAUGGUGUCCUGCCUCCAGAAGAAGAGUGCCAAGGAGCUGGUGGAGCAAGACAUCCAGCCUGCCCGCUACCAUGUGGCCUUUGGCCCCGUCAUCGAUGGUGAUGUAAUCCCCGACGACCCCGAGAUCCUGAUGGAGCAGGGCGAGUUCCUCAACUAUGAUAUCAUGCUUGGCGUCAACCAGGGGGAAGGGCUGCGCUUCGUUGAGAAUGUGGUGGAUCUGGAGGACGGCGUGUCCGGCAGCGACUUUGACUUUGCCGUGUCGGACUUUGUGGACAGCCUGUAUGGCUACCCAGAGGGGAAGGACACCCUGAGGGAGACCAUCAAGUUCAUGUACACAGACUGGGCUGACAGGGACAACCCGGAGACCAGGAGGAAGACAUUAGUAGCACUAUUCACUGACCACCAGUGGGUGGAGCCCUCGGUGGUGACAGCUGACCUGCAUGCCCGCUACGGCUCGCCCACAUACUUCUACGCCUUCUACCACCACUGCCAAAGCCUGAUGAAGCCUGUGUGGUCUGACUCGGCCCAUGGAGACGAGGUGCCCUAUGUUUUUGGCAUCCCAAUGGUGGGAGCUACUGACCUGUUCCCAUGCAACUUCUCCAGGAACGACAUCAUGCUGAGCGCUGUGGUCAUGACCUAUUGGACCAACUUCGCCAAGAGUGGUGAUCCGAACAAGCCUGUUCCCCAGGACACCAAGUUCAUCCACACCAAGGCCAACCGCUUUGAGGAGGUGGCCUGGUCCAAGUACAACCCCCAUGACCAGCUGUACCUGCACAUCGGCCUGAAGCCCCGCGUCCGGGACCACUACCGCGCCACCAAGGUGGCCUUCUGGAAGCACCUGGUGCCCCACCUCUACAACCUCCACGACAUGUUCCACUACACCUCCACCACCACCAAGGUCCCUCCACAGGACACCACCAACUCCAACGGGAAGAGGACCGGCGCCACCAAGAGGCCGCCCGUCUCCACGGCCCACAGCAGUAACGGGGACGGGGAGGAGGCGGGUCCUCUGAUCGUGGCCAACCCCAGGGAUUACUCCACUGAGCUGAGUGUCACCAUAGCGGUCGGCGCCUCGCUGCUCUUCCUCAACGUGCUGGCCUUCGCUGCCCUCUACUACCGCAAGGACAAGCGAAGCCGGCAGGAUGGUGACGGCGGGCCCCGCCAGGCCAGCCCCCAGCGGCAGAGCAACGGAAACGACGUGAGCCACACCAUCACCAGCAUCGACGACAGCCUGUCCCAUCAGAUGACCCAGAGCAGUCAGAUGAACCAGUGUGACACCCUGCAUGACCUGCAUGACCUCCAUGACCUCCACGACCCCCUGCACCUCUCGCCCAACAUGGACUACACCCUGACGCUGCGGCGUUCACCCGACGACAUCCCCCUGAUGACGCCCAACAACAUCACCAUGAUCCCCAACUCUCUGAUGGGCCUACCCAGCAUGCAUCCCUAUAGCACCUUCCCAGCCGGGUAUAACUCCACCGGCCUGCCUCACUCCCACUCCACCACCCGGGUAUAACUCCACCGGCCUGCCUCACUCCCACUCCACCACCCGGGUAUAACUCCACCGGCCUGCCUCACUCCCACUCCACCACCCGGGUAUAACUCCACCGGCCUGCCUCACUCCCACUCCACCACUCGGGUAUAACUCCACCGGCCUGCCUCACUCCCACUCCACCACCCGGGUAUAACUCCACCGGCCUGCCUCACUCCCACUCCACCACCCGGGUAUAACUCCACCUGCCUGCCUCACUCCCACUCCACCACCCGGGUAUAACUCCACCGGCCUGCCUCACUCCCACUCCACCACCCGGGUAUAACUCCACCGGCCUGCCUCACUCCCACUCCACCACUCGGGUAUAACUCCACCUGCCUGCCUCACUCCCACUCCACCACUCGGGUAUAACUCCACCUGCCUGCCUCACUCCCACUCCACCACCCGGGUAUAACUCCACCUGCCUGCCUCACUCCUACUCCACCACUCGGGUAUAACUCCACCGGCCUGCCUCACUCCCACUCCACCACCCGGGUAUAACUCCACCUGCCUGCCUCACUCCCACUCCACCACCCGGGUAUAACUCCACCUGCCUGCCUCACUCCCACUCCACCACUCGGGUAUAACUCCAACGGCCUGUGACCCGGGCAUAGUCUGGGAUGAUAAAACUAAAAGGCCACCAGGGACAGAGAUUGUAGAGGUGAGUUGAGGUGUGCUGUUCUGUACAGUAGUUUAUGACUGAAUACAAAGCAGUAGUUGUGUUGGGAUGCGUGGGUAAGAUAAGUCUGAAUUUAUGUUCAUACCGCAAUAGCCAUGCAAUGCUUUUUCUGGUCAAAGGGUGCAUAAUAUACUACUAGCACCUUUCGCUCACUCAGAGAGGUCUGUAAGUAGUGUCAUUUUCUAAUAAUCAUUUUCAAAAGCCUUUGUGAGCUGGUUUAAAUGAAAAAAGUGCUUUUUAUUUCCCAUGGUUGUCUUUUGAGGUUAAAAUGUUUUGGAACUUUCUCUUGUAUGACCUCAGCAUAAUGUUUGUACAGCUGGAUUUGUACAGGAAGCUUUUUUCUUACUGUAUCUGUUUUGAUCUUCAAUAAUUCUAUGUGGAACAAGUGGCAUCUGGACUCAUCACUGACAGAACGGACAUUUGUAAAAAGCAGAAAAUCAGUGUUAUUAAGCUAUUUUAUACAUAUUCCUCAUGUUACACUCAACUUAAAAGGGUAUUUUUUACUUACUGACUAAAGAAUGGCUUGUUACUGUAACAUGCUCUGCUUAGAGAAAUACUAUGUUACUGUGAUGGUGAUAAUUUGAACCUUUACUACACUACAAUAUUGAUAGCAAUUUGUAGUAAAAGUAUCAUGUUUAUCCAACAAUAUUUCAAUUUGAAUAUGCACAAUAUAUCACUCCUAUAUAUGUGUAUGUGUGGGUGCAUGCAUGCGUGCCUGUGUGUGUAUGUGUGUGUGUUUGUGUGUGUGUGUGUGUGUGUGUGUUUGUGUGUGUGUGCGUGUGUGUGUGUGCGUGUGUGUGUGUGCGCGUAUGAGUGGGUUUACACUGAAGUGUAAUGUAAAAGUGUAAAUUGUUAAGACAUUUGUUUGACAUUUUGUUUUAAAUAUUGGCUUUCAUCAUAGUCUUGUAAUCUGAUUAAUGGACGUCUGUCUGAUGACCUCUGUUCUUUUUCAGUUAACUGUGUCUUUUUUCUGUUUUGCUCGAUUCAUUGUGCAAAUAUAACUUUGGCUUUGUAAUAAAAAUAUAAUAGCUUAAGAUGCCACAAACUCUAAGUGAAAUGAUUCCAUUGGCUUGGCUUGUUUGUACAGAAUAAACGUAGACACUUUUUAAUUUAUAUUUGUUUAUACGAUCAAAAAGGUUAUCGGAAAGAUUAAGUAUAUUGAAAUUGUAUGUAUAAACUACCUGAACCAAUUUAAAAGGAUUUUGCUUGACAUAUUGCGGAUUACACAAGCUGAAUUUCAUGGGUUAAGUCCCAUUUACACAAAACACCAAUUUUGGAGCAUAACUCAUUUUGAAGCAUUAUUGUAAGAGGCUCUUUUGAAUAUGAUGAGCACACUUUUUAAUUCUGGGAGAAUGCACAUCCCUCUGAGAAUAACUGUCACCUUGCUUCCUUUGAUACAAUCAUAGAACACAGUUUAUUACUGUUCAAUAUCAAUGGGCUGAUUAAAUAUGUUUUGGAA